AUGGCUGACUUUGACAAACUCAAGAUGAAGGAAGAAGACAGUAUUGAUACCUUCAUCGGCAAGUUAACCGAAAUCUCAUCGAAAUCAGCUUCUCUUGGAGAAAUCAUUGAAGAACCAAAGCUUGUCAAGAAAUUCCUAAAAAGCUUACCUAGAAAGAAGUACAUUCAUAUGGUAGCAUCUCUUGAACAAGUGUUGGACCUCAACCUCAAUACAACGAGCUUCGAAGAUAUCAUCGGGAGAUUAAAGGCGUAUGAAGAAAGAAUAAGUGAAGAAGAGGAAGAACAAACCAAGGAUCCGGGUAAAUUAUUAUAUACCGAUUCUCAGCAAGAGAGCUAUGGAGGAUAUCGAGGAAGAGGACGUGGUGGCCGAGGCAACUGGAGAGGUGGAAGAAGUCGGGGUCGUGGUGGAGGCUUCUACGCCCAAAGAGAAGCUUAUAAACAGGGCCAAACCAAAGACAAAAGCCACAUAACCUGUUUCAGCUGUGAUAAGCUAGGUCAUUACGCGUCGGAGUCUCCUGAUGCAAGACUUAAGCUACAAGAAGUUGAAAAGAAAGAAGAAGAUACACAAGAAGCAUAUGAGCUAAUGAUGCAUGAAGUUGUGUAUCUAAACGAAAAUAAAGUACAACCAAGUACUUGGGAAACUGAAGAAGACAUGGAGAACGUAUGGUAUCUUGACAAUAGAGCUAGUAACCACAUGAGUGGAAAUAGGUUGUUCUUCUAUAGGCUUGAUGAAAGCGUUACAGGAGUGGUACGGUUCGGAGACGACUCUCGCAUCAACAUCAAAGGGAAAGGCUCAAUUAAAUUCAUCUUGAAAGGAGGGGAAAAGAAAACACUUAACAAUGUCUACUACAUACCUGGAUUGCGGAGUAAUAUUGUGAGCUUAGGCCAAGCUACCGAAGCCGGAUGCGAGGUACGAAUGAAGGACAACAUCUUAACGUUGUUUGAUCGAACCGGAGAACUGAUGAUCAAAACAUCGAGGUCUAGAAAUCGCUUGUACAAAGUGAACUUGAAGGCUGAUUUUAUUCGAUGUUGCAAGCUGCAAAGACCUCUGAUUCGUCUAGAUGGCAUGCCAGGCUAG